GCGGGAGGAGGCCUGGGACUCCGGGCUUGGAUUCGGCAGGGCCGCCACACGCCGAGCUCCAGCGCGUAACCCGGAACCGUCGCGGCGUCGGUUUUAGGUGUCCCCGAAGGGGAGGAGAGGACUCUCAAGCUUCGGUUAACAGCGAGCAGUCACAAAGGCAACGGUUGUAAACGAAACAGCAAGGGUCAGGAAUCAGGAGACCAGAGUUCUCUUCCCAGUAACUUGCCAGCAUAAUUUGGACAGAUGAAUAGCCCAAGGACAGAACACUGGGGGAGAUCAACCAGUACCUUCCACAGGCAACUGCACAUGACCAAAGUCCCAGGAUGUUUGUUCUGUUUCUGCUGUGCAUAGCCUUUCUGGUCUGCAUGAGUAAGGGUGAAUUUCGUGAACAUCUGAUAGAGCCUUCGACGAUGUGUUAUAAAUGUAAAAAAUAUCAUCUUGGGAUAUGCUAUGAAGGCAUGAGGUCCUGCACCCUGAAGUACCACCAGACCUGUGCUGUUGAAAACAUUUACUUACUUACCGGAAAAGGAGACAGAGUCCUGACAUCAAAAUUUUUUCGAUUUUGCAAUUAUUGUAAAGAUUUUAAUGGAAUGCAGUGUCGCAGACCUAUGAAGCAGUGUUGGAAGUUUAAUUUAUUGCUGCAUAACAGGAGUUGUACCACAGACCACUUUUACUUUAGUGAUCGUGUUACAGGGAGACAUCUCUACCGUUACUCAGCACUAUCUUGCAGGCCUUGUGAAGAGGGAGUGUUCCAAGUAUUUCAUGACUUAGUGAGAGAAACAUAUUGCUGUAAUCAUGACAACAGGUGUAAUGAUGGAAGCUCUCUCCCAGAAAAGUCAAAGAUAUUUGGACUAGAAGGAAAGGAAAGUAUAUAUGAUACUGAACAGAUACCAUGAGGAUAGCCAUCACGACUGUGGUAUCCUAAGGUCCAGCAGUGCCUUAAAUACAGGACUUUUUAAAUAAAUAUUUGUUGACAAAAUUAAGGAAGAGUUUGGAGAGGAGAGAAAGAAGAAAACACAAUAUGGAGUUCUGGAGGUCCAGUUAGUCCAGAAGAGUAGCCCUGGAUUUUCCUCAACUCUGAGAGUGACUAGGAUAUUGAUGUGAUGUGAAUGGAUUGAUAGAUCUUCUAAUGCUUACCAUACUGGCAUUUCAGGAUUCUACAUUUCUUUUACUCACCACGUCUCCCUAUCCCCUCUGGACCCUGACAGUUUCUCAGAAUUUCCCUGUUGUUUUUGUGAUGUUGAUAAUUUUGAAGAUUUCUGUGCAGAUAUUUUGCAGAAAGUCCCUUGUUUGCGGUUUGUCCGAUGUUUUUCUCAUGGUUAGGCUGGGGUUAUGGAUAUGCGGGAGGAGAACCACAGAGGUGCAGUGCCAUUCUCAGUGCUUUGUAUCAAAGGUAUAUGCUGUUAACCUGCCUUAUCGCUGUUGAUAUCAACCUUGAUCACUGGGCUGAGAUACUGUUUGGCAGGCUACUCCAAGUAAAGUGACAUUUUCCCCCUUUCCAUAGUAUGCUCUUUCAAAGCAAGUCACUGGGUAGCCCAUUACAUUUGUUUUUAACUGUUCUUUUAACUUAUUUGUAUUUUUCAAGUAAUUUACAAGAGUUAAGAUUUACAUUGCUCCUGAGAGUAUGUCUAAGAAGGCAGUUUUUCAAAUAGAAAGGGCCUCACACUAGUCCUGUCUCCAGAAUCCUGGCUCAUCCACCGUUCUCUUUAGUAUAGCAAGAUCUAACUAGACAAGCUUAAAGUAGGCUGGAAUACUUGAGUUGGGUUUUCACUAGUGAUGCUGAUGGAGUUGUUCCUGAUAUUUAAAGAUAAGGCUCUG